CGCCACACACUAGUAAACAUCCGCUGGAGUUCACGCACGUAUUCCCAAAAUUUGUUUAUAUUUCAGAGUGAAUUCGGUGAAAGCGUCAUGAGCUUUUUCCUCCCUAAACUGUCGUGUAAAAAAGACAUCGACGACGCCGUUAAAUCUGUCGCUGAGAAGGUUUUAGUGCUGCGUUUCGGCAGAGAUGAAGAUUCUGUGUGUUUACAGCUGGACGAGAUUCUGUCAAAGACAGCUCACGAUCUGAGUAACAUGGCCAGUAUUUAUCUGGUGGAUGUGGACACGGCGCCGGUUUAUACCCGGUACUUCGACAUCAGCUUCAUUCCCUCGACAGUGUUCUUCUUCAACGGACAGCACAUGAAGGUGGACUAUGGUAAAUCAAGUGUGCAUUUAAUGCAAGCUUUUACUAUUAAUCAUCUGGCUCGGACCCAAAGGAAACAGGAUAUGUUUUUGAAGAAGAUCUCCAGAUCAUACCAAGUUUGUGGGAAGCUUCAAAACCAAGCAGGACUUCAUGGAUCUGAUCGAAGUGAUCUAUCGAGGCGCGAUGAGAGGAAAACUGAUCGUCCGAAGCCCGAUCGACCCGAGAAACAUCCCUAAAUAUGAUCUGCUGUACCAUGACAUCUAGCACAGAGUUUGACCCAACAACAAUCACAUCUUCUGAUGGAGAGACUAGUUAAAGUGAGCUUAUAUAACGUGAGUUUCCCGUGGAAACGAUCAACAGUCUGAUGUACUUAUUCUGUGUAUUGUGAAAUUUUUGUAUGGUGUUUUCAAAGUAAAGCUGAUUUUGAUUUUACACCCAUUUUGCAUUCAUUCUCAGUUCAUCAGAGAUCAGGAUGAGUUUGUUUCUUCAUC